CAAAAAGAAAGGUAAAACUGUUUAUAUUGAAUUAGAUAAUGAAGAAAUGAACCAACAAAACUCUACCUCCUCUGUUAAAGACACAGAACCUGAGACCUCUCAAACAGAUGAAACCCUAGAAAAUAGCUUCUCUAAUAAGGAGGAUCUGAAUUCAGAAAACUCUGUUGUAGAAAAAGAAAACACAGAAGCCUCAUCAGUCAAAACUCUUGAUAACAGCAACAAAGAGAAUAUCGCAAUUGAGAGUAUACAAGCAGAAACUGCUAUGGAAAUUAAAGAUUCUAACUCAUCAAGAACUCCAAUUGUACUUAUUACAAACAAUAAUAAGUUAUACCUGCAAACUAAAAAUCUUGAAGAAAGAUUUACCACA